AUGUUUGGCUUCACUGGUCGAUGCGAAUGCCGAAACGGCUUUGGUGGUGAAGAUUGCUCAGAGCCCGUCUGUGGCUCCUUGGCUGAUGGUCCUAACAGACCAAUUAGAGAUCCAGACGACGUUUGUAACUGCGAAGAUGGCUGGGGUGGUAUCAAUUGUAACCUUUGUCAACAAGACGCAGUCUGCAAAUCAUUCGUUCCGGAUGGACUGCAAGGUACUUGCUAUACUGGUGGUAUCCUAGUCCAUCAAGCUCAUCAGAUGUGUGAUGUCACCAAUAAGAAGAUCGUUCAAGUUCUUGGGGGAAAAAUUCCCCAGGCCACUUUUGAAUGCAAUAGAACUUCUCAAGAGUGCUCUUUUCAAUUUUGGAUACAGAGCGACGAGAGCUUCUAUUGCGAUCUUUCCAAGUGUGACUUCCAGUACGAUUUGAACGGUAAUCACACCAACUAUCGCUGCGACGAUGUGGCUUGCAAAUGCUUACCUGAUAAGAUGCUUUGCGGCAAGUCCGGCUCCAUUGAUAUAUCAGAUUUUCUUGUUGAAACUAUUAAGGGACCUGGUGAAUUCACAUGCGACCUACAAUCUCGCAAUUGCAAGUUCUCCGAACCAAGUAUGAAUGAUCUUAUCAUGAAUGUAUUUGGUGAUCCAUAUAUCACUCUAAGUUGUCUUUCUGGUGAGUGUCUUCAUGAUAGUGAGAUCCCAGGAUUUACCAUUCCUCCAAAAGAUAGGUUUACCUACUUGGACUUCGCCAAAGACCUUACUGCUCUUGGUGUAUGUCUCGGUGUAGUUCUUGUCACUAUCUUUGGAGUAAAAAGGUCUCCACUUUUUUCUUCCGAGUCGAUUGCACUUCCAGAUGAUGAUAACGAUGAUAAUGACGAUUACCUCAUGGUUGACUAUGUUCCUGCUACAUUUGCCUUCGAUAAAGUGUCCUAUUCUGUUAACAGGAAGCCUAUUCUUAGUAACUCCUUUGGUAUGGUCAAACCGGGUGAAAUUAUGGCCAUUAUGGGUAGCUCUGGUGCUGGUAAAACUACACUUCUUGAUAUUCUUGCUGGAAAGAAUAAAGGUGGUAUCAGUCAGGGCUCUUUGAUUGUCAACGGUGAGCAGAUUUUGACUAAUUCAGAUGUUAAGCAUUUCAAAAGAUCUUGUGGAUUUGUCGAUCAAGAGGAUUAUCUUAUUCCAACUUUAACCGUCUAUGAGACAGUACUCAAUAGUGCUCUUCUCAGGCUUCCAAGAUCUUUGUCUACAAAAUCUAAGAAGGCUAAAGUUCUCCAAAUCCUUUCAGAAUUACGAAUUCUUCAUAUUAAGGAUAAGCUAAUUGGUUCCGACUUUGAGAGAGGCAUUUCUGGAGGUGAAAAACGUCGUGUGGCCAUUGCUUGCGAGCUCGUUACAUCACCUUCUAUUCUUUUCUUGGAUGAGCCUACUACAGGUCUUGAUGGCUUCAAUGCAUUCCGUGUUGUCGAGUCCCUUGUUCGUCUUGCCAAGGAUUUCAACCGUACUAUCAUUUUCUCUAUUCAUCAGCCGAGAAGUAAUAUUGUGGCUUUAUUCGAUAAACUAUUACUUUUAUCGGACGGCGAAAUAGUUUACUCCGGCCUUAUGAGUGAAUGUUCAGAGUUUUUCUCUCAGAGAGGCUAUCAAUGUCCAUCUGGCUACAAUAUAGCAGACUACCUUAUUGAUAUCACCUCCGAAGACACAACCAAAGACAACUCAUUGACGACAGUUUCGCCUGUUGAAACGGAUCCUAGAUUGGAUUUGUUGCUAGAAACAGGUGAGGCACAUCAUCUUCCUAAUAGUUCAGAGGAGGAUCCAACUGAAGAAUGGGCUCAUUAUGCAUCUCACCGAGAUGAAUUGACUUAUGCACUUGGACAGAAGGCUGACGUGAACUCGAAACCACAAGGUACUCUUGCUACUCUCUUUUCAAAAUCAUCAGAAGCUGAACAACUUCAUGAGAGUAUUAAGGCAGAGCAUUCAUCUGCACCCUCUGUUUCCAAUGCUGAGGAAGAUUCAUUCUUUAAAGAUGAUCCAACUCGUUCUAAGGCAGGAUUCUUUACCCAGUUAUCCAUUUUGUGCUCACGGACGUUUAAAAACUCUUACAGAAACCCCAAGUUGCUUCUAAGUCACUACAUUUUGGCAAUUGUUAUGGGAUUUUUCUGUUCGUAUCUAUACUAUGACGUUCAAAACAACAUUUCUGGAUUUCAAAAUAGAUUGGGACUAUUCUUCUUCCUUUUAACAAUGUUUGGAUUUUCCACUCUAACUGGUCUUCACUCUUUCUCCAUAGAAAGAAUUGUAUUCAUCAGAGAAAGAUCCAACAACUACUAUCAUCCAUUGAGUUACUAUCUCAGUAAGAUUAUAUGCGAUGUGAUUCCUCUUCGUCUCUUCCCUCCAAUUAUUUUCAUGGCUAUCAUCUAUCCGCUAGUUGGAUUGAAUAUGGGUGGUCACAAAUUUUGGCUGUCGAUUUUGAUUGUUGUCCUCUUCAAUAUGGCAACUGCAGUGGAGAUUCUUAUCAUUGGUAUCCUUGUCAAGGAGCCGGGCUCAGCAACAAUGAUUGGUGUAUUAGUUAUGCUUUUCUCUCUACUUUUUGCCGGUUUGUUCAUCAACAAGGAUACGAUUCCGACUGCUAUCUCGUGGUUUGAGAGGAUUUCUGUGUUCCACUACGGAUAUGAGGCACUAAGUGUAAAUGAGGUGAAUGGUUUGAUUCUCAAGGAGAGAAAAUAUGGCCUAGACAUCAAGGUUCCUGGAGCAGUGAUUCUCUCUACGUUCGGAUUUGACGUUAAUGCCGUGCUCUUUGACAUUUACUGGCUUUUGGGUAUGCUUGGAGGGUUCACGAUUUUGGGCUAUGUUGCUCUUUACUACUUUGUGUAUGAGACGAGGUGA